GUCAAGUGCGGGUAGUCAUUCUUUCCCCCCAUUGGCUGACUUGCUUGGGAGGAGGAGCUAACGAGCAAACAGGGCCUGGAAACACAGAAGCUAGAAAGAAACCGGGAGAGACACGCCUGUGGCGUAUUUCCGGCGCGCUAAGCGAGGAAGAUGGCUGCGUCCCAGCAGCAGGCUGCUGCGGCUUCGUCCGCUGCAGGUGUGUCGGGUCCGGGUUCGUCUGGUGGCCCGGGUCCCCAGCAGCAGCCGCAACCACCAGCACAGCUAGUGGGGCCUGCCCAGAGCGGGCUUUUGCAGCAACAGCAACAGGACUUCGAUCCAGUGCAGCGUUAUAAGAUGCUCAUCCCACAGUUGAAGGAGAGCCUGCAGACCUUGAUGAAAGUCGCAGCCCAGAACUUGAUUCAGAACACUAACAUUGACAACGGACAAAAGAGCAGUGACGGACCUAUACAGCGCUUUGACAAGUGUCUGGAGGAGUUCUACGCACUCUGUGACCAGCUGGAGCUCUGCCUGCGCCUGGCACAUGAGUGCCUGUCCCAGAGUUGCGACAGCGCCAAGCACUCUCCAACACUGGUGCCCACAGCCACCAAACCGGACGCUGUGCAGCCUGACAGCCUGCCCUACCCGCAGUACCUGGCAGUCAUCAAAGCCCAGAUUGCCUGUGCCAAGGACAUUCACACCGCUCUGCUGGACUGUGCCAACAAGGUCACGGGCAAGACACCUGCACCACCUACAGGCCCUGGGGGCACCCUGUGAGCUGGCAGGGCUGGGAGUGGGGCAGGCCGUAGGGGAAGGGGACCGGGAGGGAAUGAAGAGUGACUUCAAAGCC